AUGGAAGUUGUUGAGAUUACUUUCGAUGCAGCCUUGAGGGAGGUUCUGAAAAAUGCAAUUGCAGCUAAUGGUGUCAUUAGAGGCCUUCAUCAGUGUACAAGAGCCAUAGAAAGACGUGAUGUCAUUGUUUGCUUUUUGUCUGAGUCCUGUGAUGAAUCCGCCUACACUGAUAUUAUCGAGGCUCUCUGCCAAGAGUACGGAGUCCCGCUUAUCAAGGUUCCUGAUGGCAAGCAGCUCGGUGAGAUUGCUGGCCUCUGCAAACUAGAUCGCAAGGGUUUGCCUAGGAAAAUCGUGUCUGCUUCCUGCGUGGUUCUUACCGACUAUGGAGAAGAAUCCAGAGGAUGGAAAUACAUCUCCGAGAAGUAUAACAUCAAAGUUGUUGUGAAGGCAUAA